ACGUGCAGCAGAAGCAGAAACACAAACACACAUCAGCCGACAGUAAAGAGCGCGGUUGCCUGGUUCAUCCGCAUUUAACCACUUGCCCUAUCGAUCUGUGGUCACACCGCAGGCACAGAUCCGAUGGUCCUCGGCUCACUGAGUCACUGUGUUGUCAGAAAAGCGAAUGAACGCCUGGGGUCCGCUGUGAGUCAGUCCGCACUUCUAGAGCCAAAUAACAUCAGGAUCAGGUCCUCUUCACAAACAGCCAAGUUCUUUCUGUCUGCAGUGCCCUGCGUCGUUGAGUGGCUGCGAGGCCUGCAGGGGUUCGAGUGGAUCUUCAUGCUCUCGGUCAGCGGGACCUCAUGGAUGACGGACAGUGGCAGAGCGACGGCCCAGUGAGGCGGGGAGGAGUAACUGACCCUGACCUCCAAAAUGACUCUGACUCCAGCCGCAGCCCGGACGAGAACCAGAACCGACUAGUGGAGGAAGCGGAGGAGGUCGAACAGGGGCCCCGUGGUGGACAGAGGCCCCUCCGACAGGAUAACACUAACAACAACGGUGAUGACGAAGAUUAUGACAGCUCCAAGGUGGAGGACGAAGAAGAUGUGGAGGAGGAAGAGGUGGAUAGUAACAGUGGAGCCUACUCUCCAGAGCUGGAUGGACACAUCCGAGACUCACCAACACCCAGCCCCAGCCCCACAGUGUCAGAGGGGCUUGUGAGUCCUGAAGGGACGCCUCACGGCGAUGCUGGAUCACCCCAGGGCUUCGCUCGCUCCCUGGUGGCGUCUCUGCAGGAGCUGGGGAAGCAGGGAGAACACCCUCUUCUGCCACAGUGCCUCCAUCAGAUUGCAGAGUCAUAUAUGCGUGAGGAGGACUAUGAGAGAGCAGUCAUGUUCAUACAGUUAGAGAGACUCUAUCACGAACGUCUGCUGUCUAACCUCGCCGCCCUACAGCAGCAGUGGGAGAGGAGACGGAGUUUGGUUGGCCAGUAUCAGGACGGUCCAGAAGACAGAGACACUGAUCUGGAUGCCGAACACCUGGAGAAACUGAGACACAUCUGCAGAACGCACAGACAACCUGCAUGGAGCGUUGAGAAGUGCGAGCUGUCCAAAGUGCAAAGGAACAGCGUGAUCAGAGAAACACAGGGAGGAGAGCAAAACCUCAACACGCAAGAGCUUUCAUGCAGCUCAGGGAAGGUUAUGGAGGAUCAGAGUACAUCUGAGGCACAACAGGAAGUCAUCCAGCAUGAAGAUUGUAGCAGCACCGCCCCACAAUCCCACCAGAGCGAACAGCAGCAUGACCCCUCCUCCUCCUCCCCGGCUGUGACGGACAGCUCCUCCUCUCCAGCCUGUGAGGAUGCAGGAGCAGAAGAGGAGAGCGCAAGCAUGGCAGCUUCCCACAGGGAUGCAACACCAGAGCCCCACUCACCAAUGGACACCGCUCUACCAGGCGACGUGGAGGCCCAGCCGGUGAUGGAGGGAACGGGGGACACUGUGGAUACGGGGCAGGAUGUGGUGGAGUCUGUCCCACACAUUAAGCAGGAAGAUGGAGGGGAGGUAGAGGAGGCUUUGAAGCUGGAGGAAGGAGGAGCAGAUCAGCUGCCUCUGGAGCAGGAAGUUCCCGAGAAAACAGCAGAGUUGGAGCUAGAGGAGAACGGGAACGGGGUGGAGUCGCUGGAUAUUAUGCAUGUGUCCAUGCUGGAUGACAUGGCCAAACGCAUACAGGUGGAAGAGAUCACUCCAGCUGCUGGUCUUGUGUCGAUCUUGAAGAGAAGAGUCUCUCUGGAAGGAGCCAACAGCUCUGUCCCUGCCGCCCCUAAACCCGUCUCUAUACGCAAAGUCCGUUUCCACGAGCCUGACGAGGGCCUGGACCACGAUGAGGUGGGCGGAGACUCCUGGCUGCUCCUCCUCUUGUUGUGCUUGGCUACUGUGGUGAUCAGUGUGGGCGGGACUGCGCUCUACUGCACUUUCGGAGACGCCCAAUCCAGUGUGUGCACAGACUUCUCCCAUAACAUGGACUUCUACAUCGGACGGGUGCAGAGGGGCAUGGAUGAGCUCAAACACUGGCUGUCCCCGAGCUCAUAGCAGGACGGGACGACUCGUUUUCUUCUCCGUUUCUUCUUCUCUGUAGCCUCCGUGAUCUUUAAUGCUGAGAUAUCCUCAUACGUAGGCCUUUGCUGGGUCACGCUGUCACGGAUGAAGCCAGUCUGUCGGGUCCUAAAGGGGACGUCCGGCCCCUGGAAGGCACAGCAAACCACUUUGGCCAGUUUUUGACUCAAGUAGCCCACUGUUUACUGCCAUCAACUGAACCUCAUGUGAAGAGACUUCAUUUUUAGAGUCUUAAAUCGAAAUCUUAAUACUUGGUUGACAGAGUUUUGUCUUUUAUUCAUUGGAAAAGUGAAUGACCAUCAUGGUACUUAAGAUAUAAUAAUGGACAUAAUCAUCUGUAGCCUGGACGUAGCAUUUUCCUGUGAUUGGCUUGGAUGGACUUAUGGAAAGAUGGUACAGGAAAGCAAUACAUGUAUAUUGAGGAAUUACAGAUAUAGAUAUAGUUAUAGAUACAUAGAUAAAGUCAGCAAAGAGGCAAAUCUCGGUUA